AACGUUGGUAUCCUUGCGUACUGAUUCCAAAUAAUAUAAUUGCUUAUCAUUUUUUUGACAACUACCGCAGAAUAGAUUAAAUACUUCCUCACUAGUUACUCCGGUUAACACUUUAACAGUUUAAUAGUACACAAUAUUUUAUUAUUAUUAUUUAAAAACGGAUAAUGCCCGUCAGAUACCUUUUAUAUAAAUUAAUGAAAUUAUUCAAUUUAAACAGAUUAAGGCCAACACUACUCGUUUGCAAUGUUAUUUAUUAUUAAAUGUUACAGUUUGUAUUGCAGUUUCUAUGUGUUCGAACAUAUUAGGUAGCUAUCGAAUUGAACACACACACACACACACACACGUCACUGCCACUGGACACACAAUCGACGUCUGGAAGAUGGACAUUUGGAAAUACAUCAUUAGGAUAAAGAUACCCAGUCCGGUGAGCUAUGUGAGCGCAAUCCUUUUAUUAAUCUUCAUAACGGGCGUCUACAAGCAGUUGACGUUAACCCAAAAGUCAGCCAACAAUUGUGAGAUGACGUUCAUGUUUGAAUACCCUCAUUUUGUCGAAAUCUCGGUGCCUAUGAACAGGGGAAAGUAUAAUUUGUACGCUUAUACCGAAGGCCAAACAAUGGAGAAAAUAAAAUCUAUGAAGUUUUAUGGUACACCAGUAGUUUUUAUACCUGGACACAGUGGUUCGUACAGGCAAGUUCGGUCCAUUGCUUCGGUUAACAUUAGAAAGAUGUACCAUAUACAAUCAAAUGUAAAAUUUGAUUUUUUUACUGUCGACUUGAACGAAGAAUAUUCUGCUGUCUUUGGAGGUGUUUUAUUACAGCAAACUGCAUUUGUUUCCCAAUGUAUUGAUACAAUCAUAAAAACAUAUGAAUAUGACUAUAAACCUACAUCGAUUAUACUUAUUGGACAUUCUAUGGGUGGUAUUAUAGCCAAAGGAUUGUUCAUCAAUCCUUCAUUUGAUACCAACCUCGUAGAACUGAUAAUUACUCUUGCCACUCCUCACAGGCCUUUAUUUUUAGCCGAUCACUAUAUGGAUAGCUAUUAUGACCAAGUAGAAAAAAUUUGGGGGAACGGAUUAGACAAGCCAAGGUCUUCAUUUCUGUCAAAUAUUUCACUAUUAUCCAUUGGUGGCGGGCAUCGAGACUUAAUGGUCUGGCCUUGCCUGACGUAUACUCCACAUGCAGAUAUAAAUGCAUUAAGUUUAGCUAUACCUGGUGUCUGGACUUCUACUGACCAUCAAUGUAUAUUGUGGUGUAAAUCAUUAGUCAAAUCCAUCGUAAGAGUGCUAUUUGACUCCGCAGAAUCUGAAUCGGAUGAUACAAUUUAUGAAUGGAGAAAAAAAGUAUCUUCUUAUCAUUUUGACAAGAGAAGUAAUGGAAAAUGGUUUCAUUCUAACUUGCACCCUAUUACUGUAAAAUUGAAUGAACCCAACGUGAUUGAAUGGAAUGAAACAUACAAGCUUCAAAGAUCAAUUUCAUUGGAAAAAGGAACAGCAAUGCCAAUUAUCAUUCAUCUGCCAUUGUUUGAAAAAUCUGUUAACUAUGAAAUGACAGCUGAAGCUGUAAAUAUUGAUUAUCAUGAUUGGGUGUUUUCGUGCAAACCUGAUUAUCAUUCAAAAAAACACUGUUUAUUUGGUACAAAUUGGUCUUCUAAUAGUACUAUAUCAGUUUCAAAACAUAUGAAAAGAAGGCAUAUUACUUUAAAGAUACCUGACGUUUAUAAAUUAGGUCAUUCAAAUUUGGUUUUCAAAAUCAAAAACACUAAAAAACUGACUGCUUUGAAUAUUGACUUAUAUGAAGCUAGUGAUAGAACAAAUCAAAUAUUUUGGCGAUUUUGGUAUGGAGUUUUUGAUAGACAUCUGUUGUGGAAAGUCAAUGUUUUUGAAACAAUACAGUACAAAACUAUUCUGCGUGGUUGGUCAGCUAGUAUAUGCAUGCAUUGUGUGUAUAAUGUGCACAUGGUACCCAUCAAAUGCUCAAAAAAACAUCAUCAUGCUGUUUCUAAAUUUAUCGUACCAUGGACACAAGGUGUUUUGCAUGGUAUUACUAGUGACAGUUAUGUGGAACCACUGAGAAUAUCUUUAGAAAACAUUCCUUUGUCAAAUGGAACAACAAAUCCAUACUUGCAAUUCAUAUUAGACCCAACAUGCAACUAUCGUAUUGAAUUAGAUCUAUCUAUUAUGGACACAAUCGGAACAAUAGGAUUGAAAUACGGAUUAACAUUUCCCUCUUACAUUGGAAUCAUAAUAUUGUUAGUGUUGUCAAAUCAAUUUUCGCAGUUGGCGAAUUCAGCUAAAGAUGAUUGCUCAAUAUAUCACAACUCCUUACCAUCUAUAAUUAGAGUUUUCAAGACUUUAGUUGUUACAAUUUGUUUUUUGACAGUUAUACAAAAUCAGUGGCCCAACAUCAAUAAGCCAAUUGGUGGUAUAGAUUGGCUUGGACAUCCGCUAAAGACCAUGGUCUUUUCGUCAUUGCUAUAUUGCAUAACCAAUUCAUUUAUGUAUUUUGCUACUGUAGCACUAUGGAUGAUGAUGUUGUUUUGGGGGAAAGCCAUAAACGAACUGUUGGUCCGGUUUAUAAUGAAAACGUUGCAAAAGAAUGCUACAUUAUCUGACUGGAUAUUGUAUGGAUUUGGAAAAUUACCGAUAGCUGUUUCAAUGAUAGCCAUUGUAAUUUCUUACCAUACUUGUGGUACUGUAGGGCUUGUUAUUUCAGCAUUUUUUUAUUAUUUCUUACUAUGCACAUUGGUACAAGACUGCAUUGACCAGUUAAUUUAUUAUCCAGUGAUAUUUUUCAAAGAUUACUUUAUGAAAGGUGAAAAACCUGGUUUGAAUUUAUCGUUGACAUCCAUCCACCUGCAUUUUUCACUGUUUUUGUUGUGGUUACUAAUUUGUGGUUGUCAUUUGCCAUGCAGCAUUGAAUGGGCACGAAAUUACAAUCAUAGCAAAUACUUAGAUCCAGAUCCAUCAUGGAUUUCCUCCUUAAUAUUAAAUACAUGUGCAGGUAUUUUAUGGCAGAUGGACAUUCCCAAACGUAAUUUGAAAUUCUACGCACAAUUAAGUAACCUUUGUAUGGCGGCUUCAAUAAUUUUGUUUUUGUUCUGCCAAACUGCAUUAUUUCGAAUAGCUCCAAUUUUAACAUUGGUGUUUUUAAUCAUCACUUUGCACCAGUGUUUUAGUUCUUGGAUAGGAGUACAAGACCUGACUGAUAACCAAGUAAAUAGUGCUAAUGAUAAGGUGCCACAAAAAAAAGUGGAGUGAAUGAACAGUUGUAAGUAAGUUUAUAAUAAUAUUAUAUUUUAACAUAUAUAUAGUUAAUACGGGUGGACUGGCAAGGGUGUGCUAUAGCAUACCAAGCUAGUUCAAUGUUGCGCCAUAACAGUGAACAUAAUUUUUGUGUUAUGUACAAAGAAACAAUUUUAUAAUUUGUAUAUCAGAGCUUCUCAAACUUUCUUUUUUGUGUACCACUCAUGUGGUAUAUCAGAGAUUCUCAAACUUUCUUUUUUGUGUUCCACUCAUGUGAAUUAUUUUUUGUCACAUACCACUAAUGACUAAAAAUAGAACCAUUCAACAUUCAAUACAUAAUAAACAAUAUAUAUGUAUAAAAAUAAUUUGGUAUAUUUUAGAGGUUGUCAGCUCACUGUUGUGUCUCUGGCACAUGCUCAACAUAAACAAAAUUACACAUUUAAUUAUUUUUUUUUUUUAAAUAAUAAUCCUAUA